UCGAACGCAAAAGUUUGCUGAACAACAGUUUUCACAAUGCUCAAGUUGUCUCUCAAAAGAUUUGCCUCGGUUCUUUUCUUUCAAAUGUUGUUUCUCAUGGUGGAUUUGGGAAUAAACAGCUUUUCUUAUCUUGCCCGCGGUCAUCAUUCGGCAGUGAUUUUCCUGUUCAUUGCCCAGGAUGUGUGCUUGAUGCUUUCGUUCACGGCAUUCGUGUUCAGCCUGUAUUCGACCUACGUCUAUCAGGCGGGCAUGGCCAAUCUGCUGUACGAAAAGUUUCGCACACCGCUGCUGAUAAGCAUGGUCUACUUCUUCCUCAGCAUCGCUCUCCACCUGUGGCAGGUAGUUGGAAACUCCAGCGAACCGUAUCAAUUUCAGUGGCCCAAAGCAUUGACGGCACUGUUCAUCAUACACCGACUGUUUUCGCCCAUCUAUUAUUACCUCUACAAGAAAUCCGCAUUGAAGAUGAGUGAUCCGCGAUUCUACGAAAAUUUGGAUUGGAUUGCUUCGCAACUAUCGAUUAAAUAAGUCCGAAAUAUGAAUGAGAAUUUAUCGAAAUGCACUAAAUGAUACAUGUGAAAACAGUAAUUACACUCUCUACCAAGCUAGUCAGAAAGCAUUACACUCAUUCUGUGGCAGUAUAGUUUCGGUACGAAUAAUUUUAACUUAUGAGACUGAGUUUCCGCGAAAUAAGUAAGAUCAUUUGCGUAAGCAGCUGGUAAACAAACUAACCAAAGCACAAGCACAUGAGUUGUGUGCGAAAAAGUAAUCUCAUUCCUUACUGUGUCUAUCUGACUAAUUAAUCGCAAAGAUAGAACUAGGUAAUCGUUAUUUAAGGCAAGCACCGAAACAAUUAUGAAUUGUUAGGGAUAAAUCUUUAGUCAGGUUUCGUCUGGCAUCAGCAAAAGGUAGGUUUAGUGAACUCACGUAAAUGUCUAAUUUAUUCCACAUAUCAGAAUAAACAGUUCAGAUUGAAAUUCAAUGCGUGGUGUGCAGUUUGAGAAAUGUGUAAAUUAAGUAAUUCAAUAAGCAAAUA